AUGGUAAGAAUCAUAUCUAAGAGGAAGUUACGUUGGCUGGGUAUUAUUAUAAUGAUAUUCGUCCUGGCUUCUAUUUCCGUAAGAAUUGUGGUACAAUUUCAAUUCAAUAAAGAAAUUGAUUAUUAUAAGAAAUUUUUUAAACAAAAUAAAGAUGGACUAUCUGGCAUUUAUAAUCCGUUAGAGUUGAAACAAAUUCCUGAAGAAACGAUUGAUGAUUUAUAUUUACAUGAAUUAGAAAAUCAUAUUAAAGAUAUUGAUUGGAAUAAAUAUGCCUACGUGACAUAUAUUACCGACCCUGAUUAUUUAUGUAAUGCAUUAGUACUAUUCAACUCAUUGAUUAAAUCAGAAACUUUUGCAAAACUUGUCCUUUUGGUAUCUGGCUCUUUAUUUGACCCUGAGAUAACACCACCUGAACAAAUCGACGAUAUUAAUUUCUUAUUAGAUAAAUUGUCAAAUAUGCAAACAUUCGCAGAUGAUCAAAUUAUUAUUAAAAAAGUUAAUACUAUUAAAAAAGUAAAUGACGAUACUCCUUGGAAUGAUAGUUUAACAAAAUUACAUAUUUUCAAUCAAACUGAAUUUGAAAGAAUCAUUUAUUUAGAUAAUGAUGCAAUUUUAAAUCAUGAAAAUGAAAAUUUAGAUGAAUUAUUCUUUUUACCAACGUAUAUUACAUUUGCUGCUCCAUUAACCUAUUGGUUUACUUCUAUCCAAGAUGUAGAAAAAUCUUCCAAAGUUUUGAAAAAAAAAUCUAAAGUAAAUAUUAAUCUAAAUUAUUAUAUCAAGACUUUAAAAACAAGAAUUAAAAAAGGACAAAUGAUCUAUAAUCAUUUACCAAGUUUACCUGAUACCCUAUAUUUGAAUGCUAAAAAUUUGGGUCAAGAUAUUAUUAGUUCAGGUCCACUUUAUUCACCAAUUUUCGAUUAUGGUACCGAAUCAGUAGGCAAUUUAAAAUUUGCCACAGACUUAAUGGUUAUUAAACCUGAUCAAGCAUUCUUUGAUGAAUUUAUGUACUAUGAAUUACCAAAGAUAUUAAAAUCUAAUGAAAAAUACGAUAUGGAUUUAAUUAACGGAAGUUUAUUUAAUUUGAAAAGAAUUAUUUACAAUCAAUUUCAAUUAUUCCGUAAACUUAGAAAACAUUUUGUACCAAACGUUUUAAUUUUACCAUUUAAUAGAUAUAAUUUAUUAUCAGGUUCUGUUAAGAAAAAUGAUGAAUUAAAAAUACUAAAUAAUGAUAUAUUAGGCUACAAAAGAUUAUCUGAUUCUGGUGAAGAAGUGCUGUUUGAUAUCGAAGAUAUUGUUGCUAAUUCUAAAUAUAUUCAUUUUUCAGAUUAUCCAUUAGGUAAGCCAUGGAAUUAUGAAUCAAUUGAUAAAAUCAAAUGUGAUGUUGAUAAUGAUUUUGAUUUUGAUGAAGCUGAUAAUGAAAAUAAUUAUGAAUCAAACAAAAAGAUCUGUGAAUUAUGGAAUUCAAUUUACCAAAAAUAUUAUGAUAGACGUGAAAUUUGUUUUUCUUAG